AUGACCGAAUAUUUGCGAAGACGAAUUCAGGAAAUGGACUCAGACGACGAAAAACCCGCCGAAAAGCAGAUUCAACUUGUCAAAGCUCUUCACAAAGAAAUGGUCGAUCGGAGAAUCGUGCUGACAACAGUCAAGAAGAAAAAGAAAACGAAACGGGCGAGAAAUCUGACCGCUACUCUCACUCUUCCAACGAGCAAUUCUUCUUCUGGAUCGGAAGGAGGAGCAAAGAUUUCGAGGGCGAAGAGAGAGUUGCGCUCAAGAUCGGCGACUCGUGAUGACUCCUAUUUGACGACAAGGUGGAAUUCAAUUGGACUUACGGCCAGCUCGGAUUCGGAGCUGUCGAUGAUGGAUGAAGAUAAAAAAGAACAGAGCUCAGCAACGUCGAUCGCCGCCGUUACGAAGAAUCAACUGGCCGCGGCGCGGGUCUCCUCCACCGAGAUUAAGCUUCAAACUUUCUCUCAAAAAUUAACUCAAAGAAAAGAAAAACUUGAAGAGCUACAUGGAAAAUUAAAAGUGAAGAAGGAAAAUUUAGUAGAAAAAGAGCGAAAAUUGAGGGAGUUUGAAAAAUCAGUUCAGGAGAAAGAAAAUUUGAUCAAAACAAAAAUGGCGGCCAUCAAGGCGAAGGAUGAUAAAUUGAACGCCGAGCUAAAACGCCUCGAAAAGCUGGAAUCCGACCUGUCCUCGAAGCAAAAGCUCGUUUCUCAAAAACAAGCCGCAGUUCAAAAUGUUUCUCCAGCUCCGAAACCCGCUUCUCCCGAAAUACCUAAACAAGUUAAUAAUCAGAGUGCGCCCCUGAAGUCAACCCCAGCCGUCGUGGUCGGCAAACAGCCGCAAACAAAACCACAAGCUCAAGCACAAACAAAAACAACAACGACUAGCGUCGCCGCCGCCUUGCCGAAAUCAGGGAGUAGUAUCGUUAAUCAAAACAAAAUUCAGAUUCCGGCCGCGAGUUCGAAGCCAGUUUCAGUUCCACUGAAAAGCAUAAGCAAACCAAAACCGAUCCUCCAGAGCGCUGAAAGACGCGCUAAGGAUCAAAAUAAACGGAUUUCUUGGGCGGACUCGGCCAUUUCUUCGCAAAGUCCGAGCUCAAAUAGCUCUGACGAUGACGUCUCCAACCUGUCCGUUCGCGCUCGACUCAAACGCUUUGAAAAUCGAACGAUGCUAUAA